AGAGGGGCGCGGGUGCAAAGAGACGGUCCUGGGAAGAUCGCGGGUGCGUUAAGGGAUAGGAAAUCGGAGACCCUCCGCUAGGCCCGCCGCGCCCGCUGGCGUGUCCUGAUCCCAGCGGGCGGAUACUCGGCGCUAAAGUGGGGAUGACUGUUUCACCUUUUUGCCGAAGUGCUGUUACGGCGCCGACUUCACCUGGCAUGUUGCACACCCGCUAACGAUUAUAUCCCUCCUCUCUCUUCCGCCGCAGUACCUUCCCAGUUAUCUCCGCAGCCCCACACCCGCCGGUACUUGCCAUAGGGGCGUUCCUGCAGUGUCUAGAACGGGACCUGAGCACGGGGACCCUUGUUCUAGCCUUCGCAAGCCGCGAUGACCUUGAGCGAGUCGUUUCAUCUCUUCUAGCCACAGGGUUCCUUUUUUCACAUGGAGGUAGUUGUGAAAAACUUCUGACUGAAAGGCGGCUUGACUUACAGGCUUUAGAGUUGGACAGCUCUGGGUUUGCCUUCUGCAUUUACUGGCCCUGCCUUAACCUUGGACAAGGUACUUAACUUGUCUGACCCUCAGACCUCCUGUGUAAACCGAGAAUCAUCUUCAGGUUGUUGUGAGGACCGAAUGAAAUAAUUAUUCUGCGUGCUUUGGUAUAUGGUAGAUGCUCUGUAAACGUAUUCUUUCACCAUCCCUACCCUGGGUAUUGGGAGGACCCAGCGAGAUAUCUCAAUUAAAUACUGAUUGCUGCAGAACAGCCCAGUGUGGUUUUAAACAGCAACCUCAGCUUGGAAGAUCUGGUCCUUUGGCUUCUUGCUUCCCUAGUAAGGAAAUCCAUAGUACUGUUUUUUAAAUAAGGAAAUCAAUAUGUACCAUUUUAAAAAUGUUCUUCCAGUGUCUCCUUUUAGUAAAGGAAGAGGCCUAGAGUGGCCAGGAAUCCAAGACCUGAGUUCUGAACUCAGCUGGCCAUGUUGUUGAUGUUGUGAACAACUUUGUUAAUUUAUUAGGCCGAACCGUGUAAAAUUGCCAGUCUUUGACCUUUUUGAUGGGCACGCUGGAAAUUUUAUAUGGUUCAACUGUAUAUCAGGGCCUCUGUGAAUUGGGAAAAAAGUACCAACCCUGCCCACGGGGGGCUAAGAUAGUGGCCAUAAAAGUGUUUUGUGAACUCUACCCAAAACCGAAACCAAACCCACUGCCAUCGAGUCGAUUCCGACUCAUAGCGACUCUAUAGGACAGAGUUGUGAACUCUAAAGCACUAUUAAAAUGUGAAGGGUAAUUAAACUCAUAUAGUCAUUCUCCCUGAAUCUUUAAGGAAAACAGCCGAAAGCUAUGCAAAUGAGUAGGGAGCCUGUAGUAACAGUGGUUGUUCACAUUUGCGUAGUGUUUAAAACUUGGCCAAAUGCUUUUACAUGAUUGAUUUAAUUUCCUUUUCACAUGUUCAUAAGAUAAGUGGGCAGGAAUAUUUAAUCUGUAGUCCUGAGAGAUAUGAGUGGCCUUGGAAACAUUAAAGAGCAUUGGCUCUGCCAAAGUCCACCCAGGUUCUUUAUUUUUUUAUUGUGUUUAAGCCCCCUCCCCGCUUCUCAGAGCCCUGGUAGUACAGUGGUUAAGAGCUCAGCUGCUAACCAAAGGUCAGCAGUUUGAAUCCACCAGCCGCUCUUUGGAAACCCUAUAGGGCAGUUCUACUCUGUCCAGUAGGGUUGCUGUGAGUCGGAAUCAACUCGACAGCAACACGUUUCGGCUCCCCUUCUCAUUCUUUUUCUCUUGUUACUCUGCUUGGGUUUUCUGUCUACCAGCAGCAGCUGUGGUCAUCUUAGUCUCCUACAAGCAGAUUUACAGAGAUUUUUGAUCCUUGGUCAGAGCCAUUGCCUUACAGAACUCCAAGGAGCAUCAUUUUUUUUUUUUUCAUGGUGUUGGAGCUCUAUUCACAAUGGAAUUUUGUGUGAAUGGUGCCCCCUGGGAGCCCUGGUGGCGGUGGAGCAGUGGUUAAGAGCUCAGCUGCUAACCAAUAGGUCAGCAGUUCGAAUCCACCAGCCACUCCUUGGAAACUCUGUGUGGCAGUUAUGGACUGUCCUAUAGGGUUGCAAUGAGUCAGAAUCAACUUGUUGGCAACAGGUUUGGGUUUGUUUGUUUGUUUGUUUGUUGGCGCCCCCUGAAGUAUGCAGAUUAACUUAAAACAUACUUUUUAAGCAUUUCUUAAGUAAUAAGUACCAAAGUUAGAAGAUGGCGUUGAACUUUUUUGGUUUCUGUUUUAUUUCUCCUGCCAUUCCUUAUUAUUCUCCUUUUCUUCUGCUCAACCUUUAAAUCAAGUUGUUCCAAAGGACUUUUGUCAUAGGACUUCUACGCUCACUACCCACACAGUCCCUGGUGAUGCCAUCUUAAGACUUCAAUUUCUUUUAGGUUGAACCUUAUGAAAUUUUGCCAAUGUUCAACCAUUUUUGAACUACAAAAAUGGCAGUUUCUUAAGCUCAACCUCAUAUAUACUGGUGUUUCCCAAAUCUGUCACCAACCCAAAUUUCUCUCCUAAGCUUCAGAUUUAUUUAUUCAACUCUCUAAAUCUGUCUGUAGUUGUGUUCCACAGGUACCUCAGUCUCAACUUACAGUUUUUACUGCCACACCAAACCUGCCUCUCCAGUGUUUCUCGUUCAAUAAAUGGGACCAGCAUCUACCCAUUCACUCGAGGCAUAGACCUGAACCUUAUUCCUUUUCUUCCCCCCUCCCCGCUGCAUAUACUCCCUCCAUCUUGUCAGCCAUUAAGAUCCUGUUGUUUCUGUAUUAAGUAUCCUCUAAAAUGUAUUCACUUCUUCCUAUUCUCACUUCUUAUUUCAUAGGUAUAAGUUACUGUGAAGGAGCUCUGGUGGCACAGUGGUUAUUCUCUCAGCUUCUAAUGAAAGGUCGACAGUUCAAACCCACCAGUCACUCCAUGGCAAAUACCUAGUGAUCUGCUCCCAUAAGGAGUGCAGCCUAGGAAACUCUAUGGGGUGGUUUUACUCUGUUCCGUAGGGUCGCUAUGAGUCAGAAUUGGUGGCAUACAACAAUAGGUUACUGUCACCUCUACCAGUAUUUUUAUAAUCACUUCCUCUAAACUGCUUGUCUCCUUGUCCCUCUUUUAUUCUUUCCUAAAGUUAGUCUUUCUCGACAUAGGAAAGCCAGGGUGGAAAGGUGGAGUGUGCUGUCACAUUAUAGAGAGAGCAACUAGGGUCACAUAACAAUGUGUCUAUAAAUUUUUAUAUGAGAAACUAACUUGAGCUGUAAAAUUUCACUUAAAGCACAAUUUAAAAAAAAAGUAGCCUUUCUCACAUCCAAAUCUGUUCAUGUUAUUCCUUCAAUCCCUCAUUGGGUUUUCUGAUAAAAUUUUCAUUCCUUGACUCUUAGACAUACAUGAUCCAUGCUUCACCUACCUUGUUUAUUCAGUUGUUCAACAAAUAUUAAUCUAGUGCCUUCUGUAUGCCUAAGCUCUGAGUAUAUAACACUUAGGAAAACCAAGUUAUAUAACUCACAUUCUUAUUGGUGAGACAGAUAAUGAACAUAUUAUGUAUUUUUAUAUGUAUAGAUGUGUGUAUACAUAUGUUUAUUAUAUGUACUUGUUUUUGUGUGUGUGUGUGUGUAUAUACAUACACACACACACACACACGAUAUUUUUAUGUAUGUAUGUGUAUGUCAUAUAAAGGAGCCCUGGUGGUGCAAUAGUUUAGAGCUUGACUGCUAACCGAAAGGUUGGUGGUUUGAACCCACCCAGCAGCUGUGCUGGAGAAAGACCUGGCAAGCUGCUCCCACAAAGAUUACUGCCAAGAAAACUCUGUGGGAUAGUUCUAUUCUGUCACAUAGGUCACUAUGAGUUGGAAUCGAGUCAACGACACCCACCAACAACAUAUUUUAUAUAUACAUGUAAGUAUAUGUAUGUAUGUCAGAUGGUCGUAAGUGGAGAAAGAAAGGAAAAAAUGAUGGCUUGUCAGCUUUAUCUCUUGCACUUACCUAGUGUCUUAGUCAUCUAGUGCUUCUAUAACAAAUAUCACAAAUUGAUGGCUUUAACAAACAGAAAUUUAUUCUCUCAUAGUUUAGGAGGCUAGAAGUCUGAAUUCAGGGGCCCAGCUCUGGGGGAAGGCUUUCUUUCUCUGUUGGCUUUGGGGGAAGGUCCAUGUCAUCAAUUUUCCCCUGGACUAGGAGCUUCUCAGCACAGGGACCCUGGAUCCAAAGGACGCAGUCUGCUCCUGGUGCUUGGUGAAGCAAUGAAAAUACAGUAUCUGUGUUACAACAAGAUCACUAUCUGGAUUCAUCCUGGAAAACUGAUAAUGGCCUUAUUCCUUGGACUCUUGAUAGCACCAUCAGUGAAGAAAACAGAGCCGUCAUUGAGAAAAUGUUGUUGGAAGAAGAGUAUUAUUUAUCUAAAAAAUCACUUCGAGAAAAAUUCUGGCUUGAUCAAAAGGAAAAUGAGAAAAAAUGUAUGAAAAGUUUGCAGAAAACAGGAAAAAUCAUGGUACACUCUCCUACAAAACCAGCCAGUUACUCAGUAAAGUGGACGAUAGAAGAAAAAGAGCUGUUUGAACAAGGGCUGGCUAAAUUUGGUCGAAGGUGGACCAAAAUUGCAAAGCUAAUAGGAAGUCGCACUGUUUUACAAGUGAAGAGUUAUGCCAGACAGUACUUUAAAAAUAAGGUAAAAUUAGAUGGUCUGGAGAAAGAAACACCAAAUCAGAAGAGCAACAGUGACCUUCAGGUUAAAAAUGAAGAUGAAGGAACAAAGCCAUGGACACCAUCACCAUCAGGUUUAAGGGGACUUGCCGAUCCCAACUUGAAUGCUGUCAAAAUUGAAAAGUUAUCUGAUGAUGAAGAAGUGGACAUCACAGAUGAGGCUGAAGAGUUGCCUGCUCAAGCACCUGAAAAGAAUCCUAGCAGUGGUCUCCUAUUAGACAUUCCAGAUAGUAAAAUUCAUGAAACCAAUCAAGGAGAAUUCAUUGCUUCUGACACAGAGAAAGAGUCCUUUUCUAAAUCUUACAAGGAAAGUCUUCAGAAUAUAAAGCAAGGAGAGGCAGAAAUACUUUCAAGCUCAGUAAUUACAUUACAGACUGAAAAACAGAGCACCAGUGACAAAAAGUCGUUUGACUUACAUAAUCAGAAAUGUAAUGAACUGAUUAAAAACUGUGACAAGCAUUGUGAAAAUGGAAUAAGAGAUGAUGCUGGGCAAUUGCCUUUUCCAGAGCCUUGGGAAGCUCAGAAAGAUCUGAGUGAUAAGGAAAUGCUUUUUCAUUCUUCCUGUCAAAUCAAAGAGGAGAACCAUGAGGAAGAAGAGCUUAAGCCACCAGAACAAGAAGUAGAAAUAGAUAGAAAUACCAUUCAAGAAGAAGAAAAGCAAGCAAUUCCUGAGUUUUUUGAGGGACGCCAAGCUAAGACACCAGAACGCUAUUUGAAAAUUAGGAAUUACAUUUUGGAUCAGUGGGAGAUAUGCAAACCGAAAUACUUAAAUAAGACCUCAGUACGUCCUGGCCUGAAGAACUGUGGGGAUGUUAAUUGUAUUGGACGGAUUCAUACAUACCUCGAAUUGAUAGGAGCAAUCAAUUUUGGAUGUGAACAAGCUGUAUAUAACAGACCACAGCCAGUUGAUAAAGUACGAAUCAGAGACAGAAAAGAUACAGUAGAAGCCUACCAGCUCGCCCAGCGUCUGCAGUCCAUGCGUACAAGGAGACGAAGGGUCCGAGAUCCGUGGGGAAACUGGUGUGAUGCAAAGGACUUGGAAGGACAAACGUUUGAGCAUCUCUCUGCUGAGGAGUUGGCAAGAAGAAGAGAAGAGGAAAAAUGUAAACCUGUUAAAUCUUCAAAAGUGCCAAGGUCAACAAAAAGCUCAUUCGAUCCCUUCCAACUGAUACCUUGUAAUUUUUUCAGUGAAGAGAAGCAGGAGCCAUUUCAGGUGAAAGUGGCUUCAGAAGCACUUUUAAUAAUGGAUUUGCAUGCUCACGUUUCUAUGGCAGAAGUGAUUGGUCUGUUAGGAGGAAGAUACUCAGAAGUUGAUAAGAUAGUUGAAGUCUGUGCAGCAGAGCCAUGUAACAGUCUCAGUACAGGACUACAGUGUGAGAUGGAUCCUGUGUCACAAACACAGGCCUCAGAAACCUUGGCGGUUAGGGGCUAUAGUGUUAUUGGAUGGUAUCAUUCUCAUCCUGCCUUUGAUCCUAAUCCUUCGUUACGAGAUAUUGACACCCAAGCCAAAUACCAGAGCUACUUCUCCAGAGGAGGUGCAAAGUUCAUUGGAAUGAUUGUUAGUCCCUAUAAUCGAAACAAUCCUUUACCUUAUUCCCAGAUCACCUGCCUGGUUAUAAGUGAUGAAAUUAGUCCAGAUGGCUCCUAUCGUUUACCGUACAAAUUUGAAGUACAACAGAUGUUAGAAGAACCUCGGUGGGAAUUAGUAUUUGAAAAGACAAGAUGGAUAAUAGAAAAAUACAGGCUAUCCCAUAGCAGUGUUCCCAUGGAUAAAAUCUUUCACCGGGAUUCUGACCUGACCUGCUUGCAGAAACUUUUGGAGUGUCUGAGGAAAACUCUGAGUAAAGUGACCAAUUGCUUCAUUGCUGAAGAAUUCUUGACUCAAGUAGAAAAUUUGUUCCUUUCCAGUUAUAAAAGCAAGCAUGAGAAUGGAGAAGCUGAAGAGAACUGUACUAUGGGUCCAAAGGAAUUGUUAAUGUAAUUAUUUUAAAGUAAGAUACUUUGGUCUUGACAUGAUACAUCCUACUUUCAAAGUUAUAACCUUGAAAUUGUUGUAAUUUAGUUAACAGUGGCAUAACUUUGGUAUUUUUUUUUUCUCUAGUUCACAAAAUCCAAACUUCACCACAUAAGUCAUAUGAAAAGAAAGAGAGAGGGACUUAUUUUCAUUUAGUGAUUAUCAGAGUGUCCUGUAAACCAGGGCAUGCCCAGUGUCCCAGACCUACCGUGCAGUAGCAUGUGAGAUACAGUAGCAUACUGUAGGCAGUGCAGGAGACUGAAAACUUACGGUGGUGUUCUGCUUUACUCUUGGAUUUAGAUAGAUAAGUGGCAUGUGUCUGUAAUUUUUAUUUCUUCCCGAAAUCAGCCUUUUAUUGUAUUCCACUUUUGGUAUCUCAUAUCUCAUUUAGAAGCACUUCCGUUUUCUCCAUAUGUUUUGAUGAGGUUGUUUAUGGUUGCAAAUGGGGUAUAGAUGGGUGGUCACUGAGGUAAUUAGGGCUGAAAAUAGUUGAAAACUGCCGAUUUAAUACAUCUAGCAACAUUCUCUGGGGAGGUGAGAGAAGCACGAGGAGAAAGUCUUAAAAGAACAGAUAGAGGAAAGGCCCAAAGGAGAGAAUCAGAUGCCGUUUUUUUAAUCAUAGAAAUUUAUUUCCGUUUUAUUUUGUAACAAUACUACCAACUAAAACCCGUUGCCUUCGAGUCAUUUCCGAUUCAUAGCAACCCUGUAGGACAGGGUAGAACUGCCCUGUAGGGUUUCCAUGGGUUUGAACUACUGACCUUUCGGUUAGCAACCAUAGCUCACCAUGGCUCUUAACCAGCGCGCCACCAGCUCUGCACAGGACAUACCAUUUUCUUAGUUAUCUGAAACAUUUUCUUUAUGGGUUACAUUUACAUUAAAUAUAGCUUCAACUCUAUGUCUACUUAUAUUAGUGUGUGUGGAACCAUUUUUAAGUGGAUUAUAGGAAAUCAUAACCCUCAAACUAGAUUUUUUUUUUCUACUACCUUCUAUCAGGAGAAAGAGGUAAAUUACAGUAAAGCUUGAAUAAAUCAGAGAUUUAAUUCUAAAAAACAAAAAAGCUUUCCAGGACAUACUACAUAUUCAACCCAAUUUCCUAUGCUUUCUGAAUCUAGAACAGAGGUCAGCAGACAUUUUUUAUGUGAAAGGCCAGGCUUUGUGGACCACAUGCAGUCUCUAUCAGAUAGUCUUUUGUGUUUUUUAAAACCCUUUUGCAGCUCUUUAAAAAGGUAAAAACCAUUCUUAGCUCAUGGGUCUCACAAAAGACAGGCAACUGGUCCUUUUUUUCCAAUGUUUGAUCUAGAGAAUUGCAGACAUUUAGGAUUUAUAUUAAGAUUCAUGACCCUGAGACACUAUAAGUUCUUGCAUUAUCUUCAGACAGCAAAACUCAGAAUUAUGAUUUACCUUUAAGUAAAUUUUUUUUAAAUAAUAUGUUUUCAGUGAAGGUUUUCACAACAGUUUAGGUCCCAUUGAACAAUUUCUACACAAGUUGUUCAGUGACAUUGGUUACGUUCUUCACAGUGUAUAAACGUUCUCAUUAUUUCCAUUCUGGUUGUUCUUUUUCCAUUAAUCUGUUUUUCCUGCCCACUUACAUUCCUCAUCUUUGUUUUAAAGUAAUUUGUGACCAUUUGGUCUCAUAUAGGUGCUUUUUUUUUUUUUAUCUCUAAUUACAUUUUUAAUAAAAGGAAUCAGUAAUGCUACCUGAUUUAUUAAAAUUUUAUAGGUUUUGGUUUAUUUCUAUUAACCAGAGAAAAGAUUUAUACCCUUUUUCUAAUCAUUUCUAUUACCAAAAGGUUUAUUAUACCCAAAACGAGUACGAUUCUGUAUUUUUGCUCUUUGGGUUAUCCAAGGGAGAAUAUGGCUGUAUAGGAAGGGACAAUGAGUCAAUUUUAGGUGACAGACUGAGUCAGUCUUGUCUCAGUCUCAUGAUCUUGGGAAAUAGAGUUUACCUUCUCUAGGCCUGAAAUCAUCUUGUCUAACUGAGGUCUAAAUUAACUUCCCAGUAUCUUUCCAGGUCUAAAAUUUUAUGGCUCAUUCUUACUCUUGGCCUAUUCACCUUGAACUUUGAGCCAUUUGAGUUCUUAAAUUAACACAGGUUUUUAAAGAAAAUCUUUAAUAUUCUCUGUUUCUCUGUGUGCAUUUAAGAUAAACAGUGAAACAUAGUUUAUAAAGCAGUUACUUUUGGGAGUGAGAGGUGUAAGGACUCUAGACUAAAAAUCAGAAAACCUGAGUAUUUAUCCUUAUUGUACAUCAGGGGAACAAAUACUAGAAAGUGGUAUUAACUACAUUUCUUGAUUAACAUCUCCCUGUUGUACUGAUCAGUUUUGAUAAUAGAAAGUAAUAGAAAUUGUUAAAAGUUCUUUUCUCGGAUCUGAGUUUCUCUGUAUGCCAGUGGUUAACCGUAUUUACAGCCAGCCAUCUAGUCAGCCUGUGAGGAACUUGAAUAUGACAAUCUUCAAAGUUUAAAACCUUAAUAGCACAGUUUUUAAAAUAUUUACUGAGUACUUUUUUCUGAUUAUAAAAGUGUAUUUAUUUUAAGAAAAAUAGUUUUUAAAAUACAGAAAACCAUAAAUAAAAUAAAAAUGUCUCAAUCCUACUCUCCAUCAAACCACAGUUAACAUUUUACUGUAAAUCCUCACCCUCUUUUUUUCUGAGUGUAAUUUUAGAACAGUAGAAUUUACUCCUGCCCUCCUCCCCCAUUUAUUCUUCUUGCUUCCUUUUUUCUCUUGUCAUGGGGUUAAAAUAAAUUCGCAAUUGCAGGUACCCACAUUCCUGUGACUGCCACCCUUGGGCUGUGAGGGUAGGUGAGGCUAGGGUCUUAGAGACACAGGGGAAGGCUAGAACUGAAUGGGAGUAUAACACAGGAAGUGCAGGAGGCAGGAUGGCAAAUGACGUGUUUUUUUCCUAGCUCUAAUGUGUACACGAGGAACCCUGGUGGCACAGUGGUUAAGUGCUCAGCUGCUAACCAGAAGGUCGUAGUUCAAACCCACCAGCUACUCUGUGGAAGAAAAGACCUGGCAGUCUGCUCCUGUACAGAUUACAGCCUAGGAAACCCUAUGUAGCAUUUGUAUUCUGUCCUGUACGGUGACUGUGAGUCAGAAUCAACUUGAUGACACACAACAACAAAAAUAAUGGGUACAGAAAUUGAGAUAGGACUUAAAAAUAGUCUCUUUAUCCUGAUUCUUCCUAUACACAGUGCUAUAAAAGAACGAGCUUAACAUUUUCUUGUUGUUUGGCUUGGCUAGUAAAAAUCAACGCUAGUACUUUCCCAAUAUUAAAUAUAGCAAAGAUACAGUCCCAAAGUAGCAUUUAAAAAAUGAGAAACCAGUGGAAUGAUCAACAAAAUCAGACUUUCCUGUCCCCUUCCAUUAUUUUAGCCUUCAAACUGUUCUUCUCUCAUCCUUUUGAGUGAUCUUCAGUCCCUGUUUCCUACAAAUGGCUUGGCCAUAUAUUCAGGGCUUUCAUGGGCUGUAGGCGCUUUUGCAAGGAGCCCUGGUGGCACAAUGGUUAAGCGCUAACCAAAAGGUUGGCAGCUUAAACCCACCAGCUGCUCUGUAGGAGAAAGAUGUGGCAGUCUGCUUCUCUAAAGAUUACAGCCUUGGAAACCCUAUGGGGCAGUUCUACUCUGUCCUGUAGGGUCACUUUGAGUCAGAAUUGACUCAAAGUCAAGGAGCUUGGUUUGGUUGGUUUAGGCACUUGUGCUUCAUUGGGCUCCUUCCUCAGUAAAAAAAAAAAAAAAACUUAAUUACAU